GAACCCGGAUCUGCCCAACUCCUGGGCACACGUUGGCUGCCCUCCACCCUGUGCCCUUCCAGCUGCACGGCUAUGUUCGGCAUUAUUUGUUCUGCUUUGUUUGCUCAGCUCUUCUCGGGUUUCCCAGCUUUUUUUUUUUUUUUUGCUCCACCCCAUGGGGAUCAGGAGACACUCCAACUAUUUGACUGUGUAAAGUCCUGUCCUCACUCACAUGCUCACCGAAGAAUGCUCCCAGCAUGGCCGUAGCGGCGGCAACAGCAGCCCCGGGCAGCCGGUGGCACAGAAGUGGCUUGUUGGAAGUUCUGGUGAAGGAGCACUGGCACAGAGUGGUGGCCAACUUGGGAGAUACCUCACUGGUCCUGAGCUCCGAGGACAGGGCUGGAGGGGACAUCAGCUCCAAUGGGAUGACCAAUGGCUCCUACAGGAACCCACAAAACUCUGACUCUGGUAGCCCCAAGGGGGUGAGGACUGCCUUUACCGACCUGCCUGAGCAAGUGCCAGAAGCCAUUGCCAACAAGAAGAGGGAGGUCAAGGUGGUGAAGCAGGAGUUGGGGGGGCUGGGCAUUAGCAUCAAAGGGGGCAAGGAGAACAAGAUGCCUAUUCUCAUCAGUAAGAUCUUCAAGGGGCUUGCUGCUGACCAGACCCACUCCCUGUAUGUGGGGGAUGCCAUCCUGGCUGUCAAUGGAGUGGACCUCAGGGAUGCCACCCAUGAUGAGGCUGUGCAGGCGCUCAAGAAGGCUGGCCGGGAGGUGAUGCUGGAAGUGAAAUACAUGAGAGAAGCUACUCCGUAUGUCAAGAAAGGAUCACCGGUAUCGGAAAUUGGUUGGGAAACCCCUCCACCGGAAUCUCCGCGGUUAGGCAAUUCGUCAGCGUGCCACUCCUCCGCUCUCUCUACACCACUUCAUGGAGAUCGGAAGACCAUCCCUCUCAAGAUGUGUUUUGUGACCAGAGCUAUGACAGUCCCUGAUCCAGAAAACAGACAUCUUGAGCUGCAUUCACCUGAUGCCAAGCAUACAGUGAUCCUGAGAAGUAAAGACCCAGCUACAACUCAGGCCUGGUUCAAUGCAAUACAUUCGCUAGUCCAUGAUCUAGUUGCCAAGUCGAUAUCGGAUGUCAAAGAACAGCUGGGGAAAACUGGGAUAUCUGGAAGCCAAGAAGUCCGGCACUUGGGAUGGUUGGCAGAGAAGGUUCCAGGAGAGAACGACCAGCACUGGAAGCCUGUCCUGAUUGUUCUGACUGAAAAGGACCUCGUAAUGUACGAGAGUAUGCCCCGCAUGAAGGAAUUAUGGUUUAGUCCUGUGCAUACCUACCCACUCAUUGCCACCAGGUUGGUCCACUCGGGCCCAGGGAAAGGAUCCGCGCUUCCAGGCACAGAAUUCUCGUUCGCAACACGUACCGGUACCAGGCAGGGCAUUGAGACCCAUUUGUUCCGUGCAGAAACCAGCAGAGACCUUUCACUGUGGACGCGGUUCAUAGUACAAGGCUGCCAUAACGCGGCCGAGCUCAUUAAAGAGAUCACUACACCCUGUACCUACAAGAAUCAAGAUUGUCGCUUGGUCAUAAAUUACGAACAUGGAUUCAGCAUAACAACAGAAUCACCAGAUGGUACUUUUUCUAAGCCAAUGGCACAAUUUUCAUACGAAAAACUAAAAAUGUCUUCAGACGAUGGAGUUAAAAUGCUGUAUUUAGACUUUGGAGGUAAAGAUGGGGAAAUUCAAUUGGAUCUUCAUAGUUGUCCGAAGCCCAUCGUCUUCAUCAUCCAUUCUUUCCUAUCAGCCAAGAUUACCAGGCUGGGCUUGGUGGCAUGAGAAUGCCAAAGAUGACUUAUGGAAAGAUCAAAGGAGGUGCUGGAAGACAUUCUAAAGCUACAACAGGCCAUAGGUAGCAUCUACAAGCUGCAUCAUGUGGCAUUGGACAUUGGUGUGGAGAGCUUAGUUGAGAACAUUCUCUUCGACUUGACCAUAUGUUCUCCAGUCACAGAAUCCAGAAAGACACUUCCAGAGAGAAAUCAAGCAUUGGAUCAAUGUGUCUGGUGUUGCUCUCAAGCACUUUAUAUAUGAAAGAAACCUAUUUUGGAAUAAUCUACGUCUACCUAGGUGGUAGCUCUGUUCUGUUGCUUGAAAUAUCAACUCCUUCACUCCAGCAUGGUGAUGCAGGCCCCUAAAUCACAGCUUUGUGCAUACAGAGUUUGUUCAUAGUCUGACAGAUUCUCAGUAUCAAUUAAAUUGCCAUCCCUUCCUUUUUUUUUCUCUUUAAUUAUGAUGAUUAUCAUCAGCUAUCUAAAAAUGCUCAGAAAGGGCAGGAGAUUUGCAAGGUGCUUACCCCUGAGCUUGGCAAAAAAUUAAAGGGCUGGGUCUUUAAUCUGUCUUCCGGUUGCUGCAGGCUACAAAAACGGACUAUUGACAUUAUCAAUAGGAAUAUUUGGUAACAAAAAAUAUAGAAUUAAUAGAUGAGACAACUUUUUUUUUUUUUUUUUAUGAAAAUUUUAUAUUGCUACAUCACUAGCCAAUUUAUCUUUACCAGCAAGGGCUAAAUAGUUUUCUUCGCAGUUAUGGUUAUUACAAAAAAAAAAAAAAAAAAUGAAAUAAAUGCAAAAUAUUCUGAAUUCUGUAGUCGAAAAAUGCAAAUAUAGAAAAUCUGGACAUUGCCUUUGUAGUCACACUGCUAGGAAGGAACUGCAUGGGCAAGAUAAACAUUUUAAACAUUGGUGAGGCAAGUCCAGACAAAUAGUUCUACAAUUGGGUACAAAAAAAGCAUUUUUGAACAGUGAUUAUGGCAAACUUUGACAUUUUAGAUAUCUGUGGGCUACAUUUCCCUCCGUCUGUAGGUGCCGUGCCAAAAUAAGCCAGCACUGCUUUAUAAAAAAAAAAAAAAAAAACCCAGGUUGUGAGUACAUUAUCUCUCUCGCUCUCUUUUUAUUCACUGUGAAAAUUUAUUUUGAGUGGAUUUGACACAUUUGUAGGGAGGCCAGGCUAAUAAGUUCAAACCUAAGUGCAAAAACCCAGUUUGCCUACACACAGACUAUACUGACGCCAAUUUUGGAAUUGUAUAAAAUAGAUGCGGCACAUAGUACCGUAAUUCAGCCAGAAGUAAAACAAUGCCGACAUCAUCAUACAUUUAUAUUGAUUGUUUUAUUAAAUUCUUCUUUCCCCAAACAUAUCUCUGCACAUUUUUUGUUGUGAAAAUGUGAAGACAAUAAAAUGAUCUCUGCCUGAUAGCAUUAACAUAAUGCUAUUUCAUGUAACUAAAUUGAUGGAUGAAGUCAGCCAAGUUAUACGUGUAAAAAUCUGAUAAAAUAAUGCAGGACUUCUACAAGGGAAGCUAGUGAAUAAUAAAAAACAAUGAUGCAGUGUUCUUCACUUGGACAACUUUUGAUUUUGAAGCAACAUUUAACCAGAAAUAUAUAAAUCAUUACAAAAAGCCCCAAAAAGUUAUAAAAAUGUAAUUAAACUAUAUGACAGUAAAACCGAUAAUAAACACUACACCUAGAAAAGACUGAUUAAAAGGGAUAGAUGUAAUAACAAUAUAUUUAUAUUUGUGGAGUUUGUAAGAUAAAGGAAAACAUAUAAGAAUUAGCAUCGUUGGUAGUCUUUAAGAUUAAGCAUCAAAACUGUGGACACUGGAAGUAUAAGCCAGCUAAAUCUUGAAAAUGUAUUUAAAGAAAUUUUGAUUUUCGCCGUAUCUCCGCUGAAAUCAGAAAGGAGUAUCCCUAAUAGAGAUUUACAUUAAUUUCAAUUGCCUAAUGGCUGUAAAAGCAUUAUGGGAGAUGAAGUCCAAGUCUGGAGUGCCCUGGCCUAAACCUUUACUCACAAUGUAGCUUCAACUGAAGUGUCCAGAGAACACUUGUAAGAGUGCAUUACAAUUCUCUCGGAAAUCCGGAGUAGGAACGGACUUUCACCAAAAUAUACUGACCUUUUACCAUGAGCACUAUUAGAGGCAGAAAUGACUGGGACACUUAACACCUCCAGAUCAACCUUGGUAAAUGUCCAGCUUGCCCAUACCUUACAUCCCCAUACGAAAGACAAAGUUUAGCUCCCCCUGUAGAACGCUGUCCGGUGAUUAGUGUAGGCUCAGGCUUGUUAAAGCUUGUACAAGCAGAUGUGGCAACAAUUUAGUUAGAUCAUACAUAUUGUACAGUAGACGAGCAGAUCACCUACAUCAGUUAUAAUUAAUAUUACGUACCAGUCCAAUAAAUAAUAAGGUAAUAACUACCAAAAUAACUGUAAAACACAGGGAUAUUUACUAAAGUGAGAAUUGUCAGGAAUUUAAAGAGGAUUUUAAAGUUUAGCCCCAACUUUUGCUUAAAGGUCUAAUACUAAACAUUUUAUCAUGUCAUAAAUACAAAUACCACAUUUUGAAGACAUACGAAACAAAGCAAUCAAGUAUUUUUGCUUUUAUUUUCCAUGUUGAUCUUGCAGUCUUAACACUACUUGUUUUACGUGUAAAAAAAAAAAAAAUGCUACUGUAGUUUAAUGUUUUAACCCUUUAAAUGUUGAAUACAAUUAAUGACUACUUGACGUCUUCCUGAAAAUCGAUGCACAAUUUUAUUUUUUUUCCCUGUCUUUUUUUCACCAGCACUGAAUUGUUCUCUCAUCGGCAAGGUCUUCUAAUGUUUCUACUGCGGUGGAUAACAUUGGUACUUUAAUUUUUAAAGAUUAAAAUAAAA